GUCUGUGUAUAAAUUAGCCCAAAUCGGCCAAUCCCACCAUCUCUCUGACUCUCUCUCUCUCACACUUUAAAUCCCCCUAGUAAUCUCCCCUAUAUCUCCUCCAUUCUCCAUUUCCACUUCAAAUUUUUAUUCUUAUAUUUAAAAAUAUUAAAAUAUAUCAAUUUAUUCGUCUAUUCUUUCCCCCCAAAUCCAGGCACCGUCGUAAACCACCACAGUUCCGAUCCUCACUCCGAUCGUUGACUUUUUUGUUGACUGAAACUUCAAUAACAGAUGUUCUUAUUUGCUUUUCCUUAAUUCUAGGUGUCUUGCAAUGAAAAAUGUUGGUGAGAAUGAGACGGAUUUGGAGAGUGGCAGGUUUGACAGAGAUAGAGAAAGGAGUUCAAAGAGUAGUAGAGUUAAAUUUAACAAUCAGGCCCUAUUAUCUGGCCUUGCGUAUUGUCUUUCCUCUUGUAGCAUGAUCUUGGUUAACAAGUAUGUCCUUUCCAGCUAUGAUUUCAAUGCUGGAAUCUCUUUGAUGCUCUACCAGAACUUUGUAUCAGUAUUGAUAGUGUCUAGUUUAAGUGUACUUGGUGUAAUAUCAACAGAACCACUUACGUGGAGAUUGAUAAAAGUAUGGUUGCCUGUGAACUUUAUAUUUGUUGGGAUGUUGAUCACAAGCAUGUUUAGUUUGAGGUACAUUAAUGUUGCCAUGGUCACGGUGUUAAAGAAUUUUACAAAUGUGAUAACUGCAGUUGGUGAAAUGUAUUUAUUUAACAAGCACCAUGGCAACAGUGUGUGGGCGGCACUUUUUUUAAUGAUCAUAUCAGCAAUCUCUGGAGGGAUAACAGAUCUUGCUUUUAAUGCUGUAGGAUACACAUGGCAGAUUAUAAAUUGCUUUCUGACAGCAUCAUAUUCUUUAACACUUCGUCGGGUCAUGGAUACAGCUAAACAGGUCACAAAAUCUGGAAACCUGAAUGAAUUUUCAAUGGUUCUGCUUAACAACACACUGUCCUUGCCCCUAGGACUUCUGCUGAUCUUUGUAUUUAAUGAGGUGGAUUAUCUCUAUACCACACCCCUAUUGAGGAUGCCCACAUUCUGGUUGGUGAUGACAUUUAGUGGAUUCCUUGGCUUAGCGAUUAGCUUCACAUCUAUGUGGUUUCUACAUCAAACUGGGGCGACUACAUACAGCCUUGUGGGAUCACUGAAUAAGAUUCCUCUCUCAGUUGCUGGGAUUGUUUUGUUUCACGUCCCUACUAGUCUGGAGAACUCUGCCAGCAUCUUUUUUGGUUUGGUCGCAGGGGUGUUAUUUGCCAGAGCAAAGAUCAAAGAUAGAACUCAGUCUUGAAAAGUAAUGAGAUAGAAUAUUCACACAGAUAUAGAAAUGGAAAAAUGGUAAUCAUUUGAAGUUUGUCAUUCUUAUUUUUUGUAUGGGGAUAUGUCCAUGUUCCCCCUUGUUUUAGGCAAUUUUGUACUCGGAAAAAUUAAUAUGAAAAAUGAUGUUAUUUUGUGUAGAA